AAACACAAGUAAACAACGACGCUGGCCCCGUCAGGUGGUCCUCUUUCCUUCGUCUUCUGCUCCGCUGCGCAUCCGUCGUCGCAAUCUUCCCAUUCGCCUACUCUUUCCUGGCUUCCUUUUGCCGUCUCAAACCCUAAUCUCUUCGCCGCGUGGGCCGCGGGGAAGAUCCGUCGUGGUAGGCGGCGUACCGGGAAAUGCGGGAAGAGCAGGAGCACCUGAUCUGAUGCCCCAUCUGUGGCCGGCGGGAGACGGCGCGCGAUGUCGUCGGCUCCGACUGCGGGGGCUGUGUUCGAGCGGCAUCGCCCCGUAGCACCCAAUACUGUGUUUAAAAGUGGACCAUUGUCAAUUUCAUCUAAAGGAAUUGGUUGGAAAUCAUGGAAGAGACGUUGGUUUAUACUCACACGGACUUCUCUUGUUUUCUUCAAGAAUGAUCCUAGUGCACUACCCCAAAGAGGUGGCGAAGUCAAUCUUACUUUGGGUGGUAUUGACCUAAAUAAUUCUGGAAGUGUUGUUGUUAGGGAAGAUAAGAAGUUAUUAACAGUUUUGUUUCCUGAUGGACGUGAUGGUCGGGCAUUUACCCUUAAGGCAGAAUCUUUGAAGGAUUUAUUUGAAUGGAAAACAGCUUUGGAGCAUGCUCUUGCGCAAGCUCCAAAUGCUGCUCUUGUGAUGGGACAUAAUGGAAUUUUUCGUAAUGACAAUGGAGAUACUUUCGAAGGAUCAUUCCAUUAUUGGAGGGACAAGAGACCUAUCAAAUCCUUGGUUGUUGGUAGGCCAAUUUUGCUUGCCCUCGAGGAUAUUGAUGGAGGGCCAUCCUUUCUAGAAAAGGCAUUAUGCUUUCUUGAGAAGUUUGGAACAAAGGUGGAAGGAAUUUUGCGACAAGCUGCUGAUGUUGAAGAAGUUCAUGGAAGAAUCCAAGAGUAUGAGCAAGGAAAGAUUGAGUUUGCAGCUGAUGAAGAUGCCCAUAUUGUUGGUGAUUGUGUUAAGUAUGUUCUUCGGGAGUUACCAUCCUCUCCAGUCCCGGCUUCUUGUUGUACUGCAUUACUGGAAGCUUAUAAAUUGAUACACAAUGAGGCUCGUGUAAAUGCUAUGCGUGCUGCUAUAAUUGAGACAUUCCCUGAACCAAAUCGGCGACUAUUGCAGAGGAUUUUGAAAAUGAUGCAUGUUAUCUCCUCUCAUACUGCUGAGAAUCGGAUGACUCCAUCUGCUGUUGCUGCUUGCAUGGCUCCUCUUUUACUAAGACCUCUUUUGGCUGGUGAGUGUGAGUUGGAUGAUGAUCUCGACUCAAACGGUGACAGUUCAGCUCAGCUUCUGGCGGCAGCAAAUGCGGCUAACAAUGCUCAGGCCAUUAUCUCAACUCUUUUAGAGGAGUAUGAAACCAUAUUUGAUGAUGGCAAUCUGCAGAGAUGCUCACUGUCAUCUGACUCUCAGAUUGGAGACACUGGGAGUGAAGAGUCUGCAGAUGAUGUGAAUGUAGAUGCUAAAGAUAAUGGCUAUCAUGAUGCAGAAAAUGAUGCAGAACCAGAAAUUGAAAGUGAUAAUGAUGAGCGUGUGCUCAGUGGAAAACUGAGUGGAAGCAGUGGAUAUGCUGAUAGUGAUCUUUAUGAGUACAAGGUCUUUGCUGGUGAUGAUUCAGAUGCAGAAUCUCCUUCUAAGAAUCAGGUUUCAGCUACCAAACCAGAGUUACUUGUAGGAUCUAGAACUCCACUAGAUGAGCAAGUUUCCACUAUCAAAGGUACACAGAAUUCACUGAUUGAGAAGGAUGCCUCUGAUGCCUUACCUAUGCAAGAGUCUCCCUUGUCAAUGGGAGAGAUUCUAUCUUCCUUACAUCCAGGAACUUCUUUUCCAUCUCAUGCAACUGAAUGUAGUGCUGAAAGAUACUCAGUUAAACCGAAUGGAUCUCACAUGCAAGUGAAGCACACAAAUUUUUGGGGACGUAACAAUGUCAGAAAGAAUCAGCCACUGGAACAAGUUGAUUCUUCUGGUGAAGAAGAGCUUGCUAUUCAGAGGCUUGAGAUCACAAAGAAUGACCUUCAGAUAAGAAUAGCCAAAGAGGUGAAAGGCAAUGCUAUUUUACAAGCAAGUUUGGAAAGAAGAAAGCAGGCUUUGCAUGAGCGUCGUUUAGCCCUGGAACAAGAUGUAUCAAGGCUACAGGAGCAGUUGCAGGCUGAAAGAGAUCUUAGAGCUGCUUUGGAGGUUGGUUUAAGCAUGUCUUCUGGACAGUUUUCUAACUCACGCACGAUUGAUUCUAAGACAAGGGCAGAACUUGAGGAGAUCGCUCUUGCUGAAGCAGAUGUUGCUAGAUUGAAGCAGAAAGUAGCGGAGCUUCACCUCCAACUCAACCAACAAAACCAAAAUCAUUAUGGAUCAUUCCCUAGUGAUAGAUAUCUGCACCUUCCAUCUCAUCUCAAACAACAGAAGAUUGUCCAACAAGAUUUUGAUAUGAGCCUUGCCUUUUGCAAUCAUGAGAAGAAACAAAUAAGUGAGGAAAGCUCAUCAGCAACAGAUUGGAGGAGAGCAAUGCCACAAGGACCUCCAUUUACUAGUUCCAAGAUACUUUCGAGGAAGCAUUCUACUGAUAAAGUUAGUCUAAAUGAUUUAAGAGGCUUGGAGAUCGAAGCAUCGACCAGCAUGCCUUCUCAAGUAAGGCCAGCGAUUGUUGAUAACUCGCCUAAGAUAACAGAGGUUGCGGAAUAUCCUCGACAGCUAUCUGGGGCAUCGUCUACACUGGCAGAAUUGACAACCCGACUCGAUUUCUUCAAAGAGAGGCGAUCACAACUAAUGGAACAGCUCCAUAGUCUUGAUCUAAGCCACGGAGCAUCUUCUCAAGGUAUACCACACAAAUCGUCCCCUCGUAAUUGAUCUCAAAAGAGGCAUCGAUAACUGCCGGGCUUGUACAUCCGUGAUCCAUGUAAUCUACUUUUAAAGCUUCUUGCAUUGGUAACUUGCGCUGUUUGAGUGUGCAUCAUUUGGUGUGACUGCUGCAGGAAUGUAAAUUUUGUUACGUUUCUUUUAUUUUCUCCGUGUGGUGGUGUAUUUUCAUUAAUAAUGUUCUUUUCUUAUGUUUUGUUUUCAAAACAAGAUACCAAUAUGAUCUGGAAAAGUAGUUCUUAUUGUUUGAUUAAAUUGUCUAUGAGCUUAAA